ACAGUGAUUUUUUGCUACCGUUUGAUGGAUUCAAGUGUCGCGAUAUACCUACGCGGAGCUUUGCGGUGAGUGGAGGGAACAGUGGGAUCAAACAUGUCGUGGAAGUUGGUAUUCGUGGUCGCUCUAGCUGUGACUCAGGUCCCAGCAAGACCAGACGUAGCCCAACUAGCAGAGCCUAGCUAUGUAGAAAAUGUUCGCAGCAAUGACGGUUCUCGCAUCGUGUCGGGCUGGGAGGCGUACCCGGGGCAGCACCCGCACCACGUGUCCCUGCGCAUGGUCAACCCCGACGGCGCCGCCUUCAGCUGUGGAGGCUCCCUCGUCGCCAAGAACUGGGUCAUCUCCGCCGCUCACUGCACUGCUGGGCGUGCAAGUAUUCUAGUCCGCGCUGGUGUAGUGGAUGUGUCUCAUCCAGAAUUCACCUCCGAGACUACAGAGUGGUACAACUACCCCACGUUUGUCGAAGAAAUGCCUCAGUUCGUGCAGCCCAAUGAUAUCUCACUUGUGAAAAUGCAAGACUCUGUUACGUAUACCAGGCUCACUCAGAGAAUCCGUAUUCAACCUGGUGUGGAUGCGUUCCGCAACUACGAAGGUCUUGUAGUAAUCGCCAGUGGCCAUGGAAGGACAUGGACUGAUGGCUCCACUUCCCAAAACUUGAACUGGGUGUACCUGCGAACUAUAUCCAACGAUGCGUGCGCCGGAACCUUCGGAAAUUCCCUCAUUAACAACAACGCCAUUUGCGCUAGAUAUUUCAACGUCACCAGCCAGUCCACUUGUCAGGGUGAUAGCGGUGGUCCACUCGUCCACACCGACGUGGAUGGCGUUCCUACCCUCAUCGGCGUGGCGUCAUUCGUCGCCGGCGGCUCCUUCGGCUGCCACUCAGGGCUGCCAGGUGGUUUCAUCCGCCCCGGACCAUUCCACGAUUGGUUUACCCAGAUAUCUGGUCUUGACUUCGACAACCUCGUCGAAGAAGAUGAUGUGACUGAACCGCCGCCUACUGAACCACCCGCAAUCUCUACUGAGGUGCCCACGACAACUACCCAGGCACCCACUACCACUACUACUCAAGCACCCCCCAAACCCGACACAGAGGAACCUGAAAACGAGACAGAAGCUCCUGAGUCAGAAGAAGAUACUAACGAAGACUCAAACGAAGAAUCAGGUGACAGUGACUCCUCCGAAGACGACGAAGAUGAUGAUCCUGAGCUGAAGGAUCUGCUAAAGAGACUGGAAGUGCUCGUCAAGGUCAAAGUCAAGAUGAGCAAGUAUGGAAAUAAGCACAAGCAUGAAAUCAAACACAAACACAAUAAAUCUAUAUCGCAUCGUCAUUAAUAUGAUGACAUGAGGUUAAUGUUUUUUAACACCGGAAACUAUAACACUGAUGUAAAUAAAUGUUUUGUAUUGUUUCGU